AUGCGCUCCAUCCCUCUCCUGGCCACACUGGCCACAACCGCUCUCUCAAUCGUUAUCCCUCAACAAAUCAACAGCGAAAUCCAACUCCCCCUCGUAAUCUGGCAUGGCCUAGGCGAUGACUUCGAACGCGAAGGCCUCAUCUCCGUCGCCUCCCUAGCCGAAUCCACAAACCCAGGCACCUACGUACACCUAAUCCGGCUCGCAAACGACGGCAGCGGCGACCGCUCCGCAACAUUCUUCGGCAACGUAACGCAGCAAAUCGAGCUGGUGUGCGCACAACUCGCCGCAGACCCAAUCCUGCGCAGCGCGCCAGCGAUCAACGCCCUCGGAUUUUCGCAAGGCGGCCAGUUUCUCCGCGGCUAUAUCGAGCGCUGCAAUACCCCGCCCGUGCACAACCUCGUUACCUUCGGCAGCCAACAUAACGGGAUCUCGGAAUUCGAGUCCUGCGCUUACAACGACUGGGUCUGUAAUGGGGCUGAGGCACUGCUGCGCUCCGGGCGGUGGACGAACUUCGCUCAGUCGCGCGUCGUGCCCGCUCAGUAUUUCCGUGAUCCGCGCGAACUGGACCAGUACCUCGAGCACAGCAAUUUCCUCGCUGAUAUUAACAACGAACGGGAAGUGAAGAAUGAGACUUAUAAGAAGAACUUGGCUUCGUUGAAUAAGUUCGCUAUGUUUAUGUUCCAGGAGGAUACGGUUGCCGUUCCGAAGGAGAGUUCGUUGUUCUCAGAGGUGAAUGCUACUACUGGGGAGGUGACACCUUUGCACGAGAGACCAAUUUACAAGGAGGAUUGGUUGGGGCUGAAGCAGCUUGGUGAGGCGGGGAAGCUGGACUUCAAGACUAUUCCUGGGCAGCACAUGCAUUUGUCUGAUAAGGUGCUGCGCAAGGCUUUCGAGCAGUACUUUGCUCCGUUGGAUGAUGAGUUGUCUAAGACUUUACCGGGUCUGAUUGUGCAGCGUUCUCUGUGA